CACUCAUGCGGUUUCAGGUCGAUCCCUCUGGCCUUAGCCAGUCCUGUCAAACAAAGGGUAACCAUUCCAGAGACAAAAAAUGAAAUUAUCGUUCUAAGCAGAAGGGGGUGAAAAUCAUGUAUCUCGAGAAGGACGCGCGGCAGCCAAACACUUUCGAAGUGCCAUGUCCAAUAAUGGCAACGCAUUGUCCAAAUCCAUACCAUACUGACCUCCGAACUUGCACCUUCCCUAGCCACAUCAUCCUCAUCUUCGGACAGUUGGCGCCUAAAGAAAGGUCUUAUUUUCGUUCUCCCUUCCCACCCAACGUCGCAUCCGCACCCUCGUUCAUGUACUUCCCAUCCCGACGCUGCAACAUCAUCCCACUCCCGCCUCUGCUCCCAAUCACCCCGGUCCAAAGGUCCCACACAACUUUCACGCUCCCCGGCGUCUCCUCCACAAUCCACAAAGGGUACAUAUCCCUAUAUCCAGUUCGAACUUGGCAAAUCAAUAGACAAAGGAUGGUAAGACCUAGGAUUGGAUGCUAUCAUGACGAAAGGAGAUAUGAAUUAGGGAUGUGUGAUGCAAUGCGUUGAUAGGAUUGAGGAAGGCCAGAAUAGGCAGCAUUCCGUGAUAAACGAGAAUUAGUAGAUGCUGCAGGUAUCAUACAUUAUCAAUAGCCAUGCACGUUUUGAAA